UCGACGAUUGACAAUUUCCUGAUGGGAGGUGCUGCUUAUCGCUCCCCGCAGCCUGCAGGGGCCCGCGGCUCUGAGGGCCGCGCUCAGUCCGGAGCUGCGCGCACGCGAUGGAGUGAAGAGAGAGAGAGAGAGAGAGAGAGAGAGAGAGAGAUACUAUCACACCUGAAACCACACGACGGCUCCAAACAAGUCACUUUCCACCGACGCACGGUCCAGUCUCCGGACGCCCAGAUCUCCAGGCAUGAUUCAGAGGAACGAGGUGGUGCUGUCUGUGUUGCGAGAGCUCCAGGAGGCCACGGAGAGCUCCGGUCUGGAUGCCCUGACCCGAGUGGCCCUGGAAGUGGACCGGGUCCUCGCUCCCUUCCAGCUCCCCAGGACCCCCUGUCAGGAUUUCCCCGGGUGGGCCGGCGUGGACGACUCCGCUCAUGGCCUGUACCCAGCCGAUGCACCCGUAGACCUCUUGCCUCUAAACUGCAAGGGAGAGGGCAACCUGCUGUUCGAUGCAGUCAGCAUGCUGUUGGUGGGCAACACGGCCCUUAGCUUGGAGCUACAAGUGCGCACUGUAGUAGAAAUGAUGCUGUGGAAGCGAUACUACCUGUCCGGGAUGAUUGAUUCCAAAAUGAUGCUUCAAGCAGUUCGCUUCAGUCUGUCCGCCGAGGAGUCUGAGGACAUGCUCAACUUGCCUGUCACAGUCCUGGAGGCCAUCUUUGAUGCGGAUGUCAAAGCGUCCUGCUUCCCCGGCUCCUACGCCAACAUGUGGCACGUGUACGCCCUGUCAUCCGUCCUUCAGUUGAACAUCUACUCCAUCUACCCGAUGUUCAACCCCAAGAUCCGACCCUAUUUCCACCGAGUCAUACGUCCAAGGACCUGGCCCGAUGACUUGGAGCCACAAACCCUCCACAUCAUGUGGUCUGGCGAGCUGCAGUCUGACGCCCUGUUCAGGCCGAAUAAUUUUGUUGCGCUGGCCCCGACAAGAGACCCCACGUUUGGAAAUACCGACAGUGAGCAGAGGGCGUCUCCAACAAAGUCAGAGGAGCUGCUCAGCCAGGACUCGCAGCUUUCUUACUCGAGCCUGAGGGACAAGUACAACAUUACCAAGAGAACCUUCUACCGCUGGAAACGGCAGACACAGGAGCACUGCAAAAAGUCUGCGGCCAGGUAUGAGGCAAAGUAUUUCCUGCAGGCCACCUACUUGGAGGGGAGGCUCAUUCCUCUGCACCAGUUUAAGGAGUUUUUCCCUGAGAUCUCAAGGUCGUCUUACUAUAACUGGAAGCACGAGCUCGUGAAAUCCGGAGGAAACUUCUUCACCUCGCUUUCAACUGGAGAGAUUAGUCCUGGAGAGAGCACGGAGCAGGAGGACUGGUCUUCGCCUGAAGCGAAGCAGGAUGAGCCGGACCACCACGACAGUGUGGCAAGUAUGUUUGGCCUCAGCCUCGGCAAGUUGGAUGUAGAGCGGGCCCAGAAUGUAGCGCACAUGCAGGAAGCUAAGCGCUGUCUGCAGAAUUGCAUCGCCGUCAAUGCCUCCCUCCCCUUCAGGGUCUUCAAACGAAAUUUCCCGGGGAUCUCCAGAUCGACCUACUACAACUGGAGGAGAGAGGCCAUGAUGUUCAACAGGGGAUACAAAGGCAGCGUCGGCAGCAGUGAGGAUAGCUCCGAUGCUGACAAGAGCCAAAGUCCAAAGAGUCUGUCGCCAGUCCUGCCCACCAUCAACCAGCCCGCAACACCCAGAAUGAGGAUCUACAGGCAAACGCAUAGAAGUUUCAGGCUGGCAUACAUGAGCAAGAAACAGCUCCGAGAUGCUGCGAAGCUGCAUGUCCAGAAAUCCAAAUGGUCCCUGACAAAGUUCAAGCUCAAGUUCCCCUCCAUGUCCCCUUGUUUCUACUGGCUGUGGCGUAGCAGGCAGAAGCAGAAGAAAAAGAUGGUCGCCCAGCAUGUCGAGGCCCUCCCGGAGCAGCCGGAGAGCACAGCAGCAGAAAACAAGAUCGUGGAAAGGAGCGCGGAGAGUCAGUCUAUGCUCCCAUUUGUGGCGAGGCCUAGAUAUCCAGAAAGCGCCACCGUGCCCUCUUUUGACGACAAACAUCUAAAGCACACCCCUCACGCCAGGGCACCAAUCGAUGAGCAGACGUUUGCAAUGGAUGUUGUAGCUCUGGCCAACUUCAAGGCCAAGGCCAAGCUGUUCCUGCAGCAACGCUUUGAGGAGAAGGCCUUCCCCACAUUCAAAGAAUUCCGGUCUUACUUCCCCUUCACUCCGCGCUCCACGUACUACAUGUGGAAGCGGGCUUUGCACCACGGGGUGUCACUGGUUCACGGAUGAAUGAAGCAACAUGUUAGCUCUGUUGAAGAAGUCCUCGGCCCCCAGAGGAACCUUUUCACCCCAUUGCCUCGUUUUAUUGCAAACAUACUACCUACACCUGUGUGAAAAGAAACUGAGCCGUGGGUCCAUUUAAACCCUGCAUGUUGCCCUCCAGGCAAAAGGCAGUUCAAAGCAGUUCUUUAGCUGUAUUGUGUGUGAAACUGUUUCUUCUCCACUGCAUUUGAAUUCCCUGCCAAGCCUUGUACUUGGGGCCCCUUGUACUAGGUGUCUAUGCUUUUUUUUUUUUUUUUUUGUUGAUGAUGCAUAUGGACCUGGAUCCUUGGCAGAUUAAUUUUUUUUGACUCUUUGAAUGUAAGGAGCAGCCAGUUGGUUUUUAAGACGUCGCGUUCUGACUUCCUCUGUAAACAUGGGAACUUGUCUUUUUUCAUAUUCCUCCUUUUUGUUGUUGAAUGCUCACCUCAGGGUUUCACUUGGUGCACUGAAGGUUACGGUGGCUGUAUCAAGGUUGUGGCAUUUUAAAAAGACCUCGUUUUUUUCUGGUUAUUAAAACUACAAACUGAGUUUUUUUUGUCUCACUGUGUUUGCACUAAAAUGGUUCUCUUUACACUGUGUGCAGACUGGUUAAGUUCCAAACACCUUUUUUUUCUUUCUUUUUUUGAAAAAAGUGACUUGAAAAAUGAAUAUAAAUGAAGAUAUUUUAUUUUUUUGUACCCUCCACUUCAAAACUACCUAUUUUCCUGAAAUAAUGAUGAAAUAAUUUGCUUGUAAUUAAUUUUUUUUUUUUUUGUGAAAACGAAGUUCCAUUCCACCUCUAUCCCCGCAGACCGAUGUGUUUUGUAGAAUGACCCCUGAGUGAUAGAUUUCAACCUACAUUUGUAGUUUGUGUAUUUAUUUUUCUUCUUCAUCUCAUGUGGGAAAUUGGUACUGUUGAUAUCAGCAGCCUGCAGAACGUUCAGUCAGUGGGCGUGGAGACGGUCUGUACUGGUUGGGACUCAAUAAACCAUCGAUCAGCGUCAACCCCUUGCCUCGUUUUUUGCUUAAUCAGUCUUCACAUGCAUCACUGCAGUUUUGAGGAAUGAAUACAUCUCUCCUCUCUGUCUAUAACGUACACCCCCAUUGACCAAUUGCUACAACCACCACAAUAUGUAAAACCAGUGCUGGCAGUAAGACGUGUCA